CAGGCGCCGCCCGGCCGGUCCCAUUGGUGGAUGUGAACCUGAGCUGUGGUGCGUCUCCGGCUCUUCUUGAGCCUCUCAGAUCCUGUUUAAUGUGGCGUCUUCAGUUGCUCACUGUUCCCAGAUGUUUUGGAGCUGGGAAGGACGUGGAUGAGGACUUUUUGUGCAGCCUCCCAACCCCCGCGGGAUGGCCUAGUCCUUUCACAGCACCCGGCAAGAGUACCGAUCUCAGAACCACUGUGAUCUGGUUCUCGGAUGCUACCGAAGAAAGCGAGAGGAGAGCGGUCCAAACCUUGCUGCUGAUCCUGUGCCGACCCUGAAGACGAACCCAUGUUACAAUCAAAACCAUUCGCUUUCGAACGGCAAGUUUCACCUUCUGUAAUGUUCCGUGCCAGACGCCUGUGCAAACUGUAGAGCCCGAGCUAUGGCGACCGAGCAUCCCCCGGCAGAGGGAGCCCAGUCGGCCCUCUCCUCUGCCACCCAACGGGAGGAAAAGCCGCAGAAACCCAACUAUGCUGUCAAACUUACUCUUACGGGGCACUCGGCGGCCAUAUCAUCAGUUAAAUUUAGUCCUAACGGAGAAUGGCUAGCAAGUUCUGCUGCUGAUACACUAAUUAUAAUUUGGGGGGCAUAUGAUGGGAAAUGUAAGAAAACACUCUAUGGUCAUAAUCUGGAAAUAUCAGAUGUUGCCUGGUCUUCAGAUUCUAGUCGUCUCGUUUCAGCCUCAGACGAUAAGACUCUAAAGUUAUGGGAUGUGAGAUCUGGAAAGUGUUUGAAAACACUGAAGGGACACAGGGAUUUCGUCUUUUGCUGUAAUUUUAACCCACCAUCCAACCUCAUUGUUUCAGGAUCUUUUGAUGAGAGUGUGAAAAUAUGGGAGGUGAAAACAGGAAAGUGCCUCAAGACAUUGUCUGCCCAUUCAGACCCCAUUUCUGCUGUACAUUUUAAUUGUAAUGGGUCCUUGAUAGUGUCAGGGAGCUAUGAUGGUCUUUGUAGAAUCUGGGAUGCUGCAUCAGGCCAGUGUUUAAAAACACUUGCUGAUGAUGGUAACCCUCCCGUGUCUUUUGUAAAAUUUUCUCCAAAUGGUAAAUAUAUUCUCACUGCAACUUUGGACAGUACUCUUAAACUGUGGGAUUACAGCAGAGGCAGAUGCCUGAAGACGUACACUGGCCAUAAGAAUGAGAAAUACUGCAUAUUUGCCAGUUUCUCUGUUACUGGUGGAAAGUGGGUUGUGUCUGGCUCAGAGGACAACAUGGUUUACAUCUGGAACCUUCAGACUAAAGAGAUUGUACAGAAGUUACAAGGUCACACAGAUGUUGUGAUCUCAGCAACUUGUCACCCUACAGAAAACAUGAUUGCAUCAGCAGCAUUAGAAAAUGACAAAACAAUUAAACUAUGGACGAGUGACUGCUAAAGUCUCUGGCAAUCACUGGCUAGAGCUAAGUUAGAAGCAAAAUAGGAUGAUUUUUCUGCAGUUUGGCAUGGUUUUGUAGUUCAUUUCAAAUUGUCUUUGUUUGUGUGUUUGAGACAUUUUAAUUUUCAAAAUGAGACCACUGUAAAAGCAAGUCUAGGUUCUGCCUGUUGACAAUCUCUUAUGUUUGUUCCCAGACAGCAUCUCAUUCUUUUUCUUUCAACAGCUCUCCCAUAGGGGAGGGUAUUUGGAAUAUUUAGGAGGUUGACAGAAGAGGGUGACUGUGGGAAUGGAGGACUUGGAGUUUCUGGUUUGAGAAGUCAUUAAGGACAGUGGCAUGAGUUUGGAGGGGGUGGUUAUGAGAGGAUUGGAGAUGUUUUACCUGUCACCUGCCUACUUUUGGAGAUGGGGCACCAUCUAUUCACAUGAUGGGACAUCAGAUUGCCAAAUUAAUCUGUCAAGUUGGGGAUAAGUGACGGUCAGUCAUUCUACAAACUGUACCACUUCUGCAUGUGUUGUGGAGGUCAGAGGACAACUCCCAGGAGCUGGGUCUCUCCCACUGUGGGCUUCAGGUAGUGAACUUAGGCCAGGCUUUCUCAACAGGACCUUUUAUUCAUUGAGCCAACUUGCAGAGCCAGAAUCUUAAGUGUUUUUGAGAAAGGGUCUUGCUAUGUAGCCCCAUAGGCUUGUAAACCAGGCUGGACUCAAACUCACAGAGAUUCACCUGUCUCUGCUUCCUCAGAAUCUUAAACUUUUAGCUGAAAAAUCUCCUAAGUACUUUGUAAGAUUAUGCCAUUUUGUCACGUUCCAGGAAAAUUCCAUGUCAGAUUGUGACCGCUCUCCACUAUUGGACCUCCUAACUCCUGCCCAACAUCAUUCAUUCAGCAAUCACCUUAUGAAAACUAUGGUUGCCUGCCUGACCCCUCAGAGGGCAGCUGAUGUAGGUUCUCAAACUUUACAGUUACCAACUUGCAGUUGUGAUGGCUUCAGGGGCUAUGUUUUCAGUAGACAAUGAACACUAAGACCCGGGUUGUCUUGGCUUUAAUCUAGAGGACCUGAUAUUUACCGGACAAUGAAUGAUGCCAUAAUUUCAUUCCUUCCUUGAGGUCAAUACAUUUUAGUAAUAAAUUUUCCAAACUAUAAUAUCGAUUAAGAAAUAUUUUUGCAGUAGCCCCACAUACUAACUGAAAGGCAGCUAUGCUAAUCCCUAUACCACCAACUCCUCAGACGUAUCCACCCACUGUAUCCACAUGGGACUUAUAUAAAAGAUAUAGAAAAACAUGCAGAUGAAAACCCCUCAUGAGAUUAAGAACUUUAACUGAAAGCAACAUGGGCAGGAUUUUAUCUUCCUGACAAGUUCUGAAAAAUGUAUUAGAAUUACUUGUAGGGCAUGACUGCCAAGAUGCUAGUGUGUUUGAUUACACUGGAAGAUGCAAGAUCAGUUAGAGGCAUAGGUGAAAUUCCGACCGAGAAAUUUAAAUUUGGGUGGGUGUGAUGGCUCAGUGGGUGAAGGUGCUUGCUGCUAAGCCUGAUGAUCCAGCAUCCAUCCCUGGGACCUGCAUAGGAGAAAACACAUUCCUACAGUUGUUCUUGGACUUCAAAAUUCAUUCUAUGGCAGAGCUAUCCCCACCCCCCAAGACAAGAUAAAAAUAAUGUGAAAACAUUAAAGAGCUUAAAUUAAACCCAUAAAGAAAUAGUCAUGGUAUUUUACUGAACAGAGAAUGACACACAAUAAAAAAAUGAUUGUACAAA